CAGCCAAUCCAAACAUAUCUAAAGCGCAACGACCGAUACCGAUACCGAUAUCGAUACCUCUACUUAGAACCGAAAAAAUGUCUGCUACUUUAAUAAAAUGUUUAAAUUUGGCUAAAACUGUGAGAACAUCUACGAUAAAAAGUCUUAUAACUGCUCCAAAGCAGCAAUGGCAGACCUUGUGUGCUGCCGCUCUCCAAACGCCGCCGUUUCAGCAUGCUCAAAUGGUGCACACCAGUCCGAUGCGGCAUGGUCUGAUGGAAUUCUUCGAUGAUCCCAAGCAUUGGAGCGAGAACGAUGUAAAGGUGGGACGGGCCUGGAGGACGGAGGAGCUGCGCAUCAAAUCCAACAAGGAGCUGCAUCAGCUCUGGUUUAUAUUGCUGAAGGAACGGAAUAUGCUUCUUACCAUGGAGCAUGAAUGCAAUGACAAAAUGGAGAUCUUUCCCAGCCCCGAGCGAGUUGAUAAGGUGAAAAUUUCCAUGGAAAAUCUUGAGAAAGUGGUGAGGGAACGGAACACGGCUUAUCAUUUGCUGGAAACAGGUGAAACAGGCGAACGACCCCAGAAGAGGGUAAACAACGCGUUUGGCUUGCAGUUUAACUACAAAUCCUGCGAGCAUGUCUUGCCACCCUUCAUGAACCUCAAAUGGAUCAAAUCCCGCAACAUUGGGUUUGGCGGCAGGGCCGUGAAUAGAUUUCUGCUCAAAUACCGCGAGCAGCUUUACAAUUCCAAGCGCAAGGCUAAGAACCGCUCUCGCAACGAGGUAAUGAUGAUUCUACGCCGCAAUCCAAACUUUGAUCUGGGAGUGUUGCGCCGUAAGUUCCCCGAUGUGGAUGUCGACAAACUUCGCAGUGCGGAUAAGGCCCGAGGGCACUAUGUACCGAAGGUUGGCGUCUAACUUUGCAGCAUUUUCAGUUAUUUAGUCAUUAAAUCGAAAAAAAUAC